UGAAAAUGAGCAGAUUCACAGUGAAGAUGGUCUUCAUUAACAGUAAAUUGUUCAAUAAAUAUUGACUAAACAAGAUGAUCAGAUUGAUUAACUCGAAUCUUAAAGAGUAUAAAAUGUUGAUGGCAAUGAAACUUAAAUUAUCUGUCUUCUUUAUUUGGAUCAAUACGAUUGAAGAAAAUCAAAAAUGAACAUUUCUUUUUAUAUUUUGUUGCUUUUUAUUGUCUCAACUUACGCUGGUAAACUUCAACCAAAACGUUUGGGAUCGAAGGAAACCAAGCGACAUGUAGAUUCAGGCAUUGGUGCUUCUGGAAUCCAAUCCAGUUCAAGUGUUAAUUCUGCCAAUGUUGAGACUUUGCCUAUUUCCUCUCUUUUAAGGAAAACCAGAUCGACUAGCAAUCCUCAUUUGAGAACCUUACUCAUCAAACGAGAAAGAGAAAUCUGUUUCUCUCAGUUUCCUAUAAUGAUGUGCGAACAAGGCGCAAAUGCUUCAAAAACUGAAUCCAAGACGGUUGGUUUGGUUUGCUUAGAUGUGUAUGCAAACCCAUUCGCCCAGCUAUUGGCUAGUCAAGUUGAAAAACGUAUCAUUACUGAAGUUAUGGAUCUUGAAAAGACUGAAACUUAUACUUACGAUUCACCAACCAAGUGCAGCAAUUGAGGAAACAGUCCAAAAGCGUUCUUUUCUUAAUUUUUGUUCCCGGUUUGUCUUUCUAAGACAAACGGAAUAUAUUUGUAUCAUCGUAAAUAUAACUUCAAAAAAUAUUAUCCAUUCAAAUAAAAAUUUAAUAGAAUAAAGUAA